GACUUGUUAAUAGAACGAGUGGCGCAUGCUGGCAUGAUCAACCCAGAAGAUCGGUGGAAGACGCUGAAAUUUAAUGGUCCUGUUGCCCAUUUUGAAGUACAGAUAAGAGUGAAGUGUGAUGAAAAUUACUACAGCGCUCUGUGCAAUAAAUUCUGUGGCCCUCGAGACGAUUUUGUUGGUCACUACACCUGUGAUCAAAAUGGAAACAAAGCCUGCAUGGAAGGUUGGAUGGGAGAAGAAUGUAAACAAGCUGUCUGUAAACAAGGGUGUAAUUUGCUCCAUGGGGGUUGCAGUACACCUGGGGAAUGCAAGUGUCAUUAUGGUUGGCAAGGACAGUACUGUGAUGAGUGUGUCCGCUACCCAGGCUGUGCUCAUGGGAGCUGUAACGAACCAUGGCAGUGUAAUUGUGAAACCAACUGGGGUGGCCUGCUCUGUAACAAAGAUCUGAAUUACUGUGGAAAUCACCAUCCCUGUGUGAACGGUGGAACCUGUAUGAAUACUGAGCCAGACGAAUAUCGCUGUGCUUGCCCGGAUGGCUACUCUGGAAAGAACUGCGAAAUUGCGGAGCAUGCUUGUGUAUCUAAUCCCUGUGCUAAUGGUGGAAUUUGUCAUGAAAUUUCAUCGAGCUUCAAGUGUCACUGCCCAUCAGGGUGGAGUGGACCAACAUGUGCUAUUGAUAUCGACGAAUGUGCGUCUAACCCUUGUGCUCAAGGAGGGACCUGUAUUGAUGGUGUUAAUGCAUUUGAGUGUAUAUGUCCACAGCAGUGGAUUGGAGCAACGUGUCAGCUUGAUGCUAAUGAGUGUGAGGGGAAACCCUGUGUUAAUGCUUACUCUUGCAAAAAUCUCAUUGGUGGAUAUUACUGUGACUGCAUUCCAGGAUGGACAGGAGUAAAUUGUCAUAUCAAUAUUAAUGACUGUCACGGGCAGUGUCAGCAUGGAGGGACUUGCAAGGACGAAGUGAAUGGUUACCAUUGCUUAUGCCCUCAUGGUUUCACAGGAAAAAACUGUGAGACAGAAACAAAUGAGUGUGAAAGCAAUCCAUGCCACAAUGGAGGCCGCUGCAAAGACCUGGUGAAUGGGUUCAGCUGCCUGUGUUCACAGGGCUUCUCGGGAGUCUUCUGUGAGAUGGAUAUUGAUUUCUGUGAACCUAACCCUUGCCAAAACGGGGCUAGAUGCUAUGAUCUGGGAGGAGAUUAUUACUGUGCCUGCCCUGAUGACUAUGAUGGAAAGAAUUGUUCUCAUCUCAAGGACCACUGCAAGAACAAUUCUUGUAAAGUAAUAGACAGCUGUACAAUAGAAGUCUUCACUAAUGCUACCCAAGAAGGAAUCCGUUUCAUUUCAUCUAAUGUGUGUGGGCCUCAUGGACGGUGUAUUAGUCAGCCAGGAGGGAAUUUUACUUGCGCCUGUGAAAGAGGUUUUACUGGAACGUACUGUCAUGAAAAUAUCAAUGAUUGUCUUGGGAAACCUUGCAAGAAUGGUGGGACAUGCAUCGAUGAAGUUGAUUCAUUUAGAUGUUUCUGCUCAAGUGGCUGGGAAGGAGAACUGUGUGACACAAAUUUCAAUGACUGUACUCCUAACCCAUGUCACAACGGUGGCCGAUGCAUUGAUUUGGUAAAUGACUUCUAUUGUGAGUGUAAGAAUGACUGGAAAGGCAAAACUUGCCAUUCACGUGAAUACCAGUGUGAUGCCAAUACUUGUAGCAACGGUGGAACGUGCUAUGACGAUGGAGAUACGUUCCGUUGUUCGUGUCCUCCAGAAUGGAUAGGAAGUACUUGCAACACUGCUAAAAACAGCAGCUGUAUUCCGAACCCUUGCAUGAAUGGUGGAACAUGUGUUGGCAGUGGAGAUUCUUUUUCUUGCAUCUGCAAAGAAGGAUGGGAAGGACGUACGUGCACACAGAAUACCAAUGACUGCAACCCUCAUCCAUGUUACAAUGGAGGCAUCUGUGUUGAUGGUGUGAACUGGUUUCGAUGUGAAUGUGCACCUGGGUUUGCUGGUCCUGACUGCAGAAUUAAUAUUGAUGAGUGCCAGUCUUCCCCGUGUGGAUAUGGUGCCACUUGUAUAGAUGAAAUAAAUGGAUACCGAUGCACUUGUCCGCCUGGAAGAAUUGGUCCUAGGUGCCAAGAAGUGAUUGGAAUUGGAAAGCCUUGCUGGCUUAAAGGAAUUACCUUUCCCCAUGGCAGCAGGUGGGAUCAAGAAUGCAACAACUGCCGCUGCUUGGAUGGCCAUAUUGACUGCACCAAGGUGUGGUGUGGGAAAAAACCUUGUCUGCUACACAAACACUGGGAUAAUUCAAAUAACCAGUGUCCCAUGGGUCAAGAAUGCCAGAAGAAGUAUAUGAAAUGCUUUCAGCCACCGUGCACAGACUGGGGAGAAUGCAGUGCCUCUGAACCUCUGCCUGCCAAUAUCAAGUGCCUGCCUAAUUCUGGGUACUUGGACAAUGACUGUGCUAGAAUUACUUUAAUUUUUAAUGGAGACAAAGUCCCCCAGGGCACUACAACUGAAAAUAUAUGUUUUGAGAUUCGGUAUUUACCAGCUACUAGGACUGUUUCUAGGGACAGGACUCUGAUAAUUUUAUGUGAUCUAUCUUACUCCAUAGAGAAUGCAGUGGAAGUUGCUAUUUCUUUUGUCCCACAUCGAGAUGAGCAAGAUAAUAGUCUCAUACAGAAUGCUGCUAAUACAAUAGUAAAUGCAAUCACUAAGUGGCAAAACAGCACUGUUAUGUUGGCAGUAACUGAAGUCAAAGUAGAGACCAUAGUUGUUGGGAAUUCAUCAUCAGAUUAUUUGGUUCCAAUUCUUUGUGUGGUAUUUAGCAUUGUAUGGCUGACUUGUAUAAUCAUCUGCGUGUGGUGGACUCGGAAGAGAAGAAAAGAGAGAGAGCGAAGUCGUCCUCCCAGAGAAGAGGGUGCCAAUAACCAGUGGGCGCCUUUAAAUCCAAUAAGAAAUCCAAUAGACAGAUCUUACAGUAACAAAGACAUUCGUUACGAAUGCAAAAACUUCAUAUCUCCUCAAAAAAGAACUUGUGAUGCGGUGGAGGAAUAUGUGGAGUAUGAGGAAGAGGAGGAUGAAGAGGAGGAAAGAGAUGAGGAAAUGGACAAAUUCCUCUCUCUCAAACUCGCGAAGCCUUUGCCGACAAAGGCGUCUGACACGUCAGAGAGCAGUCCAGUAAAGAAAUCCCAUCAAAUAGGCAAAAUGGACAACAGAGCUGUAAAAAAUGUGAAUGCAUCAAACUUUGAAGGCAGUAGAGACUAACCUGUAUUUGGAAUGCGGGCAGACUGCGCCUGCGCUCACUGGGGUGGGGAAAAAUUGACAUCUCCACUUUGCAGCAAGGACUAAGAAAAAAAAUAUCUGGAGGGAAAUGUUCAUAGUUUCUUUAUUUUGCGUAAAAAAAAAAAGGAAAUAAAAAUAAUAAUAAAUAAAAUUUAUUUUGUUUCGUUAGCCUUGUGUAAAUUAUUCAACGACUGUCAGAUGAAAAAAAAGAAUGAGUAAUCUUUGAUAGUUGCUAUUUUUGUAAAGUUUACUUAUAAUACACUCGCUGUGUGGCAGAGGAGAGGUUGUAUUUUCAAUAUGUGUAAAGUUUAUUACAAAAGACUGUACACUGUUUACAGAAUGUAUUUCUUUUUAUUACUUGCUCUAAUUUAAUGGUGGCUUUAAAACCUCCUGGUUGAGGACAUUGUGUGAACUUUAAAACUGCUUUCUUGACGUUGAAUCUCUAUUAAUGGCAGCUCACUGCACUUGUUACGUUAGUAGCUUCUGUAAGAUUUAAUUUUGUUUUCCAAAUUUGCCUUACACACUUUGUAAUAGGAACAAAGGAAAAUUAUAGAGAUCUUUUCAAC